UAUUAAUCAUUUUGUCAUUUAAAUAUAUGAUAGAUAUUGAAUCGUUCGAAAGUUUAAUUAAAAUAAAUGGAGUUUGGUUUCUUUCGAAAAUGAAACUCGAGUACGUUAGAAAGUGAAUAAGUUGUGAAUUUGGACAGAUAUUGAGAGAGAAAAAAAAUCUAUUGGAAGUAUUUGAAAAGUGUUUUGCAAAGUAGUCAGAAGAUUUCAAGAAGACACCAUGCUUUCUGCAAUACAAAUUCCUGAUCUUCCUUGGACAGCUUGGAUCUUGUCUUGGUCUUUGAUCAUUUUCAUAGCGUCAUUCAUAAUAAAUCACAUAAUAUUUAGCAUCGCUGUUUGGAGAAUACCGCAUCCGAAAGCCUUGCCAUUAAUUGGAAAUGCUUAUCAAUUGAACUGCAAUUCGGAAGAAUUCUUCAGCAAUUUGAUCAAAUGGCAAGAAGAAUACGGACAAAUAUAUUUGAUUUGGGUUGGCAUGCGAGCUUUUAUAUUUCUAUACAGAGUAGAAACGGUUAAGCCAUUACUCGAAAAUAGCGAUAACAUUGAUAAAAGUCUCGAAUACAGACACCUAAUUCCAUGGCUUGGUACUGGAUUGAUCACUAGUAACGGAGAAAAAUGGCACAGUCGUAGGAAGUUAAUAUCAUCAACUUUUCACAAACACUCAUUGGAAGAUUAUUUUUCGUGUGCUAUGAACGAAGUCAACAUUAUGAUCAAUUGUCUUAGAAAAGAAAUCGACAAGAGUGUUGAUAUCGUUCCUUAUGCCAAACGUGCUGCACUCGACGUCAUUUGUGACAGUUCCAUGGGUUAUCGACUUGACGCGCAAACCACUUUAUACAAUGAAUAUGUUUUAGCAGUAGACAAAUUGUCUCAUAUCACGCAGUAUAGAUUUACAAGUCUUUGGGCAUCAAAAGACUUUUUAUUCAAAUGGAGCAAUUUAGGAAAGGAAUACGAUCGUGCUCUUAGAGUAGUUCAUAAUUUCGUUGAUCAGGUGAUUGCCGAACGCAAAAGAGAAAGGGGAAACAAUGAAAACAAUAAUUAUGACAAACCGACGAAGAGAAAUAAACAUUUGUUGGAUUCGUUAUUGGAUAUAUCAAGUAACGGUACGAUUUUAACAGACACUGACAUACGAGAUGAAGUUAACACAUUUAUGUUCGCUGGACAUGAUACUACAGCUACCAGUAUAUCUUGGGUAUUAUAUGCCUUAGGAAGAAAUCCUCAAUAUCAAAACUUCGUCUAAAGGCUGAAUUAGUUCUUGUUAAUAAUGACGGGGUACCUUUAAAGAUAACCCCACGAGAGCGAUGAACAUUUUUUUCAUUAUUUUUUUUUUUUUUUUUUUUUUUUUUUUUUUUUUUUUUUUUACUUUACAUUUUAAAUUACAAGUAUUCUUAGUUUAUACAUAGUUUCUAUUGAAGACGAUUAGUGUCCAUUUUAUACGUAUAAUUAAGUUUUAGUAUUACGUGUGAUUUUUUACAAAACGUAAUUAUAAAAUUACAAGAUUGAUAGUUACGAACACAUAACUAUAGAUCUAUAGAAGACGCAGUAUACUUUACCUAGAUCAAAAAACAAUUAUGACGUGAUGAUAUUGUUACAACAUCUAUCAACAAUCCUCUAAAAUUCAUCUAAUCCUAAUGUAUUUAAGUCAUUUAUAUUCAUUUACAUGAUAAGAGUGAUUUAUUAUUUUUAAUAAAAAAAAAAGUAAUUUUUUA